AUGGGCGCAACUGGUUCGGAGUUCGUCCCAGACUCGGAGGAUGAUAGUGGCGACGACGGCCUCUUUCCGGACGACUCCGAGGAGGUGCAGUUCGUGCCGGAUUCAGCGAUUGGCGCAGAGGAUGAAUUUGUUCCUGAUUCUAUCGGCGAGGUUGAUGUGGAGGAGGUGGUUGUAGCUCCGGCAGGAUCUGUUGUUGGUGCUCAACUAGAUGAAAAUGAGGCCGGCGACGAUGACCUGCUGCGAGCGCCCGAUCUAGGCGGCCAGGGGGAGCACAAUCCGCCCCCUUCACCAGAGCAGCAGGAGGAGGAGGAGCCGGCGACGUCCGCCACGGGGCCAAUCCCCGCCGUGCCCCUUCGCACGAGGCCGCCCAGCACCACGGCGACUUCGGCGCCCAAGGGCACAAAGCGAGCCGGCUCCACCGCCGCCUGGGAGGCGAAGGCGAAGAAGCAGCGCCGGCAGCAGCCGAAGAAGGUUCCGGAGCAGGCCGGGGCCCCUAUCAAGUUUGCCCAGGGCGGCGGCUCCCGGCAAGCUCCACGCGUUGUGUCGCCGCUUCCGCGCCAGAGGAGGGAGCAGACGCCGCAGCCUUCCUCGCGCGCACCUACGCCGCCGCCGCCUGCGGGUACUCCGCCUCCCGCAGGGGCACCUUCCUUUGCCGUGCCGCCGGCCUCGGCGCCCGAUCGCGGCACGCUGUGA